AUGGCUCAAAAUACUUCUGCAAGUGGUUAUAGGGUUGUGAACAUCUCAGAACCAUCUAAAAAAUGUCCUUCAAUUACUCUGAUUGAAGAUAAUGAUAAUAACAGGCCUGAAAAUCAAAGAACUUCUCAUGCGUUGGUUUGGAUUUCUCUACCUGGUUUAAGUCUCGAGUAUUGGGAUGAGAAAACAUUGUUCACCAUAUGUAAUGCUAUUGGUAAUCCUGUUAAAGUUGAUGAUGAUACUCUUAAGUACUCCAGUGGUUAUGCUGUAAAAGUGUUGGUUGAAGUGAAUCUUGCAAAUCCAAUUCCAAACAAAUUAUGGAUUAUUACUAAAUAUGGAGGUUUUUCUCAAGGUAUUGUUCUUAUUAAACUUCCAAAAUUCUGCUAUAAAUGCAAGAUUGAGAGACCAAUUGAUAAAGCUCAAGAGAACAUUGUUCAAGAACCUUUUGAUAUUUGUCCUCCUCCAGAAGUUCCCUUAAUUGUUAAUCCUCAAUCUGAAAAUGAGGUUCUUAUCACUAAUGUUAGAUUUAGCUCUUUACAAGAUGAUGAAAUGAUCCUGGGGAUUCUAGUGAGGAUUCAUGUAACCUCCUGGUCAAGAGUAGUUCAAAAACCUCUAUCUCCAAAUACUUCAAGCAUUGAUACUAUUCCAGGAGCAAAGGUUUCCAAUGGUGGUCAGUUCAAUCCUCCGGUUGUAUGGAUUGUUAAACCUAAAGUUUUUUGUUUUUCUUCUAUUUGCAAUAAAUUGAAUCUUCCUGGUAUGCAAAACAUGGUGAUUCAUAACCCAGUCUCAAAUAAUAAGGGUAAUAUAUGGCUUUUUUGGAAUAAAAAUUUACCUACUCCCACAAUAGUGUCUAUGUCAAGUCAAAUGAUAACUGUUGAUAUUGGUGGUGUUCUUAUAUCUAGAAUUCGUGCACAUGUGGGUAUAGUUCAAAGAAUAUUUUUGUGGUCAGAGAUGGAAGCUAUUAGUGGUUUAAAUAAGCCUUGGAUGGCUAUUGGAGAUUUUAAUGCUAUCACUUCAGCUGAUGAAAAAAUUGGAGGUAAAAGCCCAAAAAUAAGUGCAAUGACGGGCUUCAAUAAUUGCUUAGAUACUCAUGAAUUAAUGCAGGCUCCUAAAACUGGUCUUCAACAUUCUUGGUCUAACUGUCAGCAUGGAAACAAAAGGAUUUUAUGCAAUCUAGAUAGGGCAGUAUUCAAUGUUUUAUGGUUGCAAAAAUUUGAAGGAUGGGGUUAUAAAUUUGGAUUAAGAGUAGCAUCUGAUCAUGCUCCAUUACUGGGUGGAGGGGCUCAAAUUCCUAAACCACAAAAUGCUCCUAUGAGAUUUCAAAAAAUGUAG